AUGAAGGAGAUGUCAGAAACCCUCGAAAUGGAGAGGCAAGCCAGGAAGGACCAGGAUGAAAGGUCAGCCGAAGAACAACGCCAAUAUCGGGAGACGAUGCAGAAAAGGUUUGACCAUCUCAAUCAAGAACGAGAUAAUCUCAAGGUCGGUCUAGAAGAGAUGAAGGAACAGAUACGUCGCUUCAAAGUACUGGAGGGCAAGUAUCGGGAAAACCAAGAGCGGAUGCGCCAACAGGACAAGAUCGAGAGUCUGGAAGAGCAACACAAGCUCCGAGAACAAGAGAUGCUUCAACGAACCGAAGAAGCCAGUAGGGAACUCAAGAGUCUCCGUCUUCAACUAAGCGAAAGAGGCAAUGCUAGAAUGGGAAUCUCGAGAUUUAGUGUUGUUUCUGUCAGGAAGGGGCUUCUUCUUGGAGGCAGAAGCGGAAAUCAGCACCGUUACAAUAGCGAUCUAAAACGACUGAGGGACGAAAAUGACAUACGCAGAAUUUGUGCGCUUGGUACCAAUGGAUCAUGGCUCUACCACUAUCAUACUGGAAGUAACUUUGACUGCUGGACAUGUUGGUCGGGCUCAUUUGCAACUAAGUAUCCCGAACUCGCUGCUUGGCUAGAUAAGCAUCAAAAGUUUGGGUGUCCCCGACACAUAAGUCUCGGUGCUGGUGGGUUCUUCUACAUCGCCAUGAUGGACAACUCAGUUCAUGGCAGACUUUGGCUUGGUUACAACCACGAUUACGUGGCGGAGAUUUCUGACGAUGAUUAUCUCUGCAACAUCGAAAAUUACGACAACCUUGAAGGUCUUAUGGGCGAUAUUGAUAGCGAAGGGGCGUCAAUCAUGCUUGCUAUGAAUAUUGAAGAUCCUAGAGGAUACAUCUUGGUCCAGGAGUUAGGGGAAGCAUUUCGGAAGAUCGGAACAGCUGGCAACCAAUUUGACGAGGCAAGAUGGCAAAGGUUCAGAAAUGACAACGAGUAUGAUUGGUUGGGGUACGGGGAAGUAGUUUAA